AUGAUCGCUGCUAUCCCUUUCGUUGCGCUGGUCCUGACGUCGGUUGCCACUAGCGUCAGCCCCUCCCACUUCCACUGGAUUCUUGAGUUGGCUAUUGGCAUGGUCUCAUCCAUCAACCGAAAGGUAGCAUGCUUUGCAGCAUCAACCGCGCCGGUUAGUAAAAUCAUUCAUAAUCCGAAUAAAAUUCCUUUGCCUGAUCAUAAGCUUGCAAGCGAGCCUACGCUCAUCAAUCAUGAGCACCCAAUUUCCUCAAUGAAGAUGGAAACAACUCAUAUUAUUUCCAAGCGGCGACGGCCUAUCAAUUACUCCCGUUCCCAGUGUUCUAUUCCCCUUGAUCGUUUGGAUGAUACAUAUGCGAGGUUGAAUGCGCAUAUCGUAAGGUUCCGCACCAAUAACUUUCGGUUCAAGCCUUCAAAAGAACAUACAAAUAUUGCACGAGUGUUUACGCCUACCACCCUGAUCAACACUGCAGUUGCACCAAAUUGCCAGAACCAGGUGGUCGACAUUGUAACUUCCUCCCCAGAAUUGAUAGAUUCGCCUGUUAUCCAAAAGAAUAUACCGACUCUUGAACCAAACAUCGAAUUCGGUGACUUCGAGGGGGUUAAUCGACAAGAGCACGAUCAAGACAAUGCCCUUAAUAAAGUGCUGCCUGAAGCCCCUGAGACCCCUCCGGUUGUAUCUGAUACUGAACGCGCUUCACAUCAUAGCGAUCACCAACCCACUGAUAUCCUCGAAACAUCAACCUCCGUUAAUCAAGAUGCUAUUGUACCUUUAUCUUCGGCAAUAACCUAUCCUCAAUCUAUCGCUGAAGCCAAAAUUCAAGUCGAUUUCACUCCCACUUUUACGGCACCACCUACAGAACAAAAGACUCCCGAACCGGCUGGAGAUAUCACGAAUGAAUCAUUUACCGACCCAUCUGGGCCGAGAAACACUGAUAGUUGUGUCACAGGGAUUAAAACAUCAUUUGAUGCACCGACAUCCGUUAUCUCAGAGAACCAGCAACAGCUGGAUGCUCGCGUGUUCACCUCAUAUCUAACUGCAGAGGCCACCGAACCUAACAGCAUAUUUACACAAACAAUUCCUUCAUCAGCCAAGACGGAGUCGCACAUAAUCCCGAAUGACCGGGCAUAUUUCAACAGUCCACCCUUGGACCGGGGCCCUCCAAGCCCCUCAGUCUCAGAUGACAUUCUUCAAGGGAUGACAGAAGUUGUCUCUGUGCCCAAGCUCCAGGAACCCCAGGCCGGAAUGGAACCGUUUGUCGAUGAUUUUGUCGAAGCGCCGUCUGUAUUGGACAUAAGUGCCCCCAUGUAUGUUGACGAGCUGACCCAAUUAGGGUUUACGUAUGACCCUCUUGGGACCAAUCAUCUGGACUCUACGCUUGUUCCGGGCCCUACGGGUGAUUGUUUGAGUACGGUAUAUAUGGAUCAUGACCCAUCGAGCUCAUCCGACGCGGACUUUUUGGAAUUGGCCGCUGCCACACUGGCUGCGGAAGGAAUGGAUUGGGAUCUUACACUUACAACUCCGAGCGCCUCCGGGUCUGCUAGCAGCGAAGAUAUGUUAGCUCAGCCGCCAACCGAUAUGGAACUUCUCGAAUUGGAUACCUUAUUGAAUAUAGCCGGACUGUCUCACUAUACCACCAUACCGCAAACGCUCGAUACCAUUUCGCAAGAAAUCAAUACGAGCAGCGAAGAUACUUUAAUGACAGUUCCCACCGAUGAAGAAUUUCUUGCAUUAGCGGGCGCAGCGCUCUCUGAGGAAGUCAUCAGAACAGGGAUAUCUGAUUUCGACUUUACUGACAUUGACAUGAACCCCGCCAAUAUCAACACACCGUUCUUGGAUGCCUCGCAGCUGCAGUUGCUAGACCAAGCUGCCUUGUCUAUUAUUGAUGAUCUCUCCAACGGGAUACUCGAUCUACCGGGAACGUCCGACUCUAACGAACCGACCUACUUGGAGUUCAAUGACUCUGCCUCUGGAUCAUAUAUUGACCCCGACGAGCUGGUCAGGAUGUGGAGCGACUUUUGUAGAGCUCAUUAUUCAGGCGAUAGACCUACUCCCAACGUUGUAGGCUAUAUUGAAGAAGACAUUGCACAAGGGCCUAUAACGGUUGGAGUAACAGACACUGCUUGCUCGUCUACGCAUACAUUAGUGAACGAGGCGUGCCCGCCUGCCACAGCCACGUCCGUCUCGACGUUGCAAACCAGAAAAAUUAAGGGGCUACCCUUGAGGAGAAGGGCAAUCGAAAAUAAUGCCCGAUCGUUGGCAUCUCAAACCGAUUGA